GAAAAAAUUGCGAUCUCACACUAUAAUAAUGAGAAUUCUGGACAUAUGAUAAUUUCAAGUAUUUUACAAUGGCAAUAUUUUACUCGCCAUUUUGCAAUAAUGUCAGCCAAAUCAUCAGCUCGCGUUUUAAGUUAAUUUUUAUGUUGUUUUACUUGAAAUUAUAGUGAUUUUUUUCGUUUUGGAAGAGUAAAAGUUUAUUCUGGUGCGAAAUGGAUCGGUUCAUAAGUAUGUGGAAAGUUCGAGAGUUGGCGGAUAAAGUUACAAAUGUGGUGAUGAACUACACGGAGGUAGAGGGUAAGGUGCGCGAGGCGACAUCCGAUGAGGCGUGGGGUCCCACCGGCCAGCAGAUGCAGGAGUUAGCGCUGGCUACAUUCACCUAUGAGCACUUCCCCGAGGUGAUGUCUAUGCUCUGGAGGCGCAUGUUGCACGACAACAGGGCACACUGGCGACGCACUUACAAGUGCUUGCUCUUGCUGAGCUACUUGGUGCGCAAUGGAUCCGAGCGCGUGGUGACGUCAGCCCGGGAGCACAUAUACGACCUGCGCUCGCUGGAGAACUACACCUAUGUGGAUGAUCUCGGAAAAGAUCAGGGAAUAAAUGUGAGACACAAGGUGCGUGAACUGAUCGACUUCAUACAGGACGACGAGAAGUUAAGAGAAGAGAGGAAGAAAGCCAAGAAGAACAAGGACAAAUAUAUUGGUAUGUCCUCGGAGGCUGCAGUGAUGGGUGUUCGUGUGGGGGGCGGCGGCGGCGGAGGGGGAGGAGGCGGCUGGGGGGAGUACAGCGACAGGGCGGCACCCGGCUGGGAUGAUAUAAAGGAGAGAAAUGAUGAUGAUGAUUAUGAAAGAGAUGAUUCUGAUGGUGAUUAUGGACAUCGAAAACCAAACAAAGAGAAUGUGUACCGUGACGCGGAGGUAAUAGACAGCAGUCCGCGAUUGUCUCGCGACAGGGACAUAUCUACUGAGCGUUUUGAGCGUUCUGAGCGUUCUGAGCAGAGCAACAAGCCGCUCAGUAUCAGUCUGCGCAGUCCGGCUAAGACUAAACCUAGUACACCUGUGAAAAAGAUCGAUUUAGGAGCAGCGGCCAGUUACGGCAAGCCAGCGGCCAGUGCGCCUGCUGCCAGCCUACAGAACUCGCAGAACUCACAGGAUCUUCUAGACGAUCUGUUCAAGACGUGCCCGGCGCCCUCCAGCGGCAGCGCCUCGCUCGUUCUAGAAGAUGAUUUUGAUCCUAGCCCCGCCCCCGCAGCGCCCUCUGACAGCUUCGCGGACUUCUCCAGCGCGUUCUCGCCGCACGACACACUUGUCGCUACAAACAACAAUAACAACGCUCCGACAUCAAACUUGGACUUGUUAAGUGAGUUAAGUCCUCCCGCGCCGCCCUCCGCCUUCGGGGACCUCGACACGCUCUCGGGACAGUUCUCCUCCAUUCAAAUGCAAGAUGGGGGACCCUCCGUAUUGUCGCUCAGUCUCGCCAAAUGUAUGGACAAUCUGCUGAACUACACCUCCCGCACCUCCAUACACUGCGCCGGCGACGCUCGCAAUGUCAAAGAUAUAUUGACUACCUUAUGUGAACAUUUGCCAGGACCCAUAACUGUAACAAAAUUAACCGAACAAGAUGUUAUUAUGAAUAAUAAAUUAAUAAAUAUGUACUCGAAAGUACUUACGAAUCUAAUAAAAAUCUGUCUCCCGCAAUGGCCGAUGUUCAAACAAGAAUUAAUACAUAUAUUUACUAUAGAAGAAAGCUUUAAAGUCUCACAUGAAUCUUUGAUUAUUCUCUGUGGCUUUUUAAAAGAGGAAACUCAAUCGACCAUUCUAGAAGGAUUAUCUACAAUAUUACUGAAAUAUGCUAAAAGUGACGCCGUGUUCGCCGCUGCUAUAUGCUCUUGUCAAAUUAAAGAAAACAAUGAAACAUUUAAAAAUGAAUGGGAAAAUUUUGUACAAUUAUUGGUCACUUUACCCGAAAGAGUUGCGAAUAAAUUAACAACGAAAACUCCAAAAGAAUUCUCACAUGAAAAUUAUUCUUAUUUACUAGUAUUUCAAAUAAUACGUUCGCUGGAUUUUAUUGUCGAUAGUAAUUUUUAUACCGGAAACAAAUACGAUUUAACAUUAUUAUCUCAUUUGGUAUCGAAAUUUAUUAAUAAUUAUAAUAAUACUAUAGCUAUGAAUAAAUUCGUCGAUGUUAUUAUCUCUUGGUCUGAUAACAGAGGAAAUUCCUUAUAUCUAAGAUCAAAAUUAAUUGAAACCCUUUUGAACCAUUUAAAUCGACAAGCUAUAGAUAAUGUAUCGGUUAUUUUAUUAAAAAAAUCACCCUUACAUUAUAAUAAUAAUGAACAACCGAUAAAAAGAAUACUCGGUAAUAAUAUCGAUGUUAAUAACGAUUGGAAUCAAGUACUUAUAUUUAGAAUACCUUUUUAUGUGAAACCUAACAAUUAUACAGAUACAAGAAUAGUUGAAAAUCUCGUAUAUUAUAUAUCAACGAGUAAAAAUAAUGUUCAAAUAUUAACAGAUUUAAUACUGAGGUUAGCUAACGCUUGGUCUGAUGUCAAAUCUAAUAAUGUUUCAAGUUUAGACGAUCAUAUGUAUAUAUCAGAAAUACUUAUAUUGUCAAUCAAAUAUAGAAGUAAAUUAGCAAACAAAAACCCUUGGCAAUUGAACGAACUUAAAACUAUACUAUUUAAAGGCAUGUCUAAACAUUUAGAUAUCCUAGCACAAGAAUUAAGAUGUGUGGGAAUGGCGACUAUUGAAAUUAUCUUCAAUAUAUUAACAGAAAUAGAUGUAACAGACAGACAAGCGGCUGAACAAUUAAGAUUCGAUUAUUUAAGUAUGGGAAUCACUUGUACUAAUGUACAUAAGACAUUGAAGGAAUUGUCUAUGAAAUGUUUCUUAGAUAAAAAAUCGAUUAAUCGAAUAACAACAAAAGCGGAGACAAUCGAUUUGAAAGAAACUCUCGAUAGCAUCGCUUACAGAGUUAUCGAUGAAGAUUUAAGACCAAGUCACAAUACUGUAAUUACAAGUGCAGUUAAAAGUACGGAGCAAACUAAGACUAUAGUAAAAGCUAUAAUAUCUGCUAAACUAGAAGAUAUGGACAAGGAUAAGAGCGAAGUUGCUUUAGAUUCUGAUGACGAUUUACAACCUUACGAUAUGAGCAAUGACGUCACAGAAGCAUCUAAAAAAAGACCAAUGUAUUUACGUGAUUUGUUAGAAAUUCUAACAGAAUCGAAAGAUCUAGAAACUUUCGAAGCAUCAGUGCUAGCUGCUGAAGAAUUAGUUGAAAAACAACUAAAACACGAUGAUAAAAAACUAGCAAUAGAUUUGCUAGAUUUAUUCCUACAUCUAGAACAGAAAUAUAAUAUAGAUAAUUUCGACAGUAUCAAAUUUAAUAUAUCCGUGGCGAUAGUCUGCAGUCAGCCUGCGACGUGCGCUGAACAUCUCUGUAAAGAAAUACACACGGAUAUUGGAAGAUAUUCGAUAGCAACGAAAAUGUUCAUGCUCGAUGUGCUAUCGGAAUCCGCGAAUAGAAUAGCCGGUGUUAAAAAACAGGAGGAAAAACCUAAAACGGUCAAAGUUAAACAAAACGAUGAAAUACCAGCGGAAGAAAUAAUACGACGACGUUUAAUAAAUAAAACUAAAUAUUUCCACACGAUACGACCUCAUCCCUUCUCUAAAGCGAGUAUUAACCGUUUCGCUGCAGUCUCGGAUUCUUUUUUCUACCCUCUAGUGGGUGGUUUUGGUUUGAAACAACUAACUCUCAGCCAUCACAAUCAAAAACAAGAUGUCGAUAAUAUUCUCUUGUUAAAAUAUCUAUCGGUCGUUGGAAAUAUUAUUUUAGUAUCGAAAAAUUGUCCGAAAUGCCCGAAUUACUGUCGCGAUGUGAUGCGAAUGGUGCUGUAUUUGAGAUUCUCUCCCGAACCGAAGAUACAGAGUAGCGUGAUAUCGAUUAUCGCGUCGAUUAUACUCGCGUUGCCGGAAUCGAUGUUGCGAGGAGAGUUUUUAGAAUCGAUGUUGGAAGUUCGAGCCUGGUUAAUCGAUUGUCUAUCGAAUUUGGAUCUAACAAUGAGACUUGGAGGACCUAAAUCUGAGGCGGCGAUAUUUGCAGGACAAGUUCUACAUUUGUUAGAGAAAAUCGUUACAUUAGAGGGUUAAAAUAUGAGGCUACUAAAUCUCUUUCACGACUACCCACCGUUUACUAGUAAUGUCUGUUUGUGCCACUAGAUGUAGUUGUAGGCGUAAAAUUACAUGUAUUUCGAUUUACUGUAAUUAUUAGAUUUAUGAUCUCAAAUAUGUUUUUUUAUUUAUUAAUUAUACAUAUAUAGAUAACGUCCGGCGACUUCUAAAAUGUAUAUAUUUGGUUGUUUUUUUCCUAGUUAUUA